CGACAGCUUCUCACCUUGUGACGGCUUCCCAACGUCAAGCAGGCGACGCUGCCCCCGGCCGCGCACAGGACGCAUCUGCAAGCAAGCUUAACCCAGGGUCCAGCACUCCACAGCGCGCUUCUCAUCCUCAAGCACGCUACCCUGCGGCUGACUCCCGCCUUGUCGUCGUUGCUUCUCAGCGUCGUCGGACUUGCCUCCAUGACAAGCUGGGCCGUGGGCAUCGACCCCGCGCCGUCCGACCAAAGAAAGGGGGAGACGGACGCUCUGCACGCGCCGGUGCCGGCAACAAAGUAUCGCCGAAAACUCGUCGGAUUGGCUAUCGCUUUGCUCGUCGCUCUCGCCGUGCUGGUCCCUAUCUUCACCGUCACCAUCAUGGGCCUCGUGCGAAUGGAGAAGGUGAAGCUCGAACUUAUUAGUCUCGACGUGGUACCCUCCGAGCUGACGAGCGGCGGCACUUCGUUUCGCGUCCGUGCGCGUCCGAACAACAUGCCAUUCGCGCACAAGCUCGACAUUGAUAGCGCACGCUGCAUCGCUUCAACAAAGAACGACUCCGCGGCGGUGCUCGACGUGGCACCCGCGAAAUUGGGAAGCCAGACCGUCAUGCUCAACGUCAAUCUCCAGCUCAACAGUGGAGUCGGCCUAGUUGCAUGGCGGGAUGGGCUACACUCGGAGCUCACCUGUGUCGCCCGUGGAAGGCUCACCUCCGGCGCUCUCCGCUUCCAAGUCGCCUUCGAGUUCUCUCUUCGGUUCGACGCGGAGCCGGACGACCACGAAUCCGUCCAGUUUGACGAUUGGGCUCUCGAGGGGCUGAGCACUCUGAGCAGCAAGGCGCGCGUGAGCAUUCCGCCCAUGUCAAACCUCAUUGGGAGCAUCAACAGCGAGGCAGGCAAGGCUCUCUCGAGUGCCUUCACUGGCCCUCCCGCCCUCAACGUCACGGGGUUCAAGGCUGGCUUCUCUGAGCCCGCCGAGGCGGGCUUCGCUGCUCGGCUCAACACUUUGAGCGGUCACGAUGACGUCCUCGGUCUCGACCAAAAGACUCGCCUGGCCCUGAGCUCCGGCGCCUUCCCGCUUGGGAAAGACGUGCCACUCGGCAACAUCGAGAUCUCGACCGACUUGGCACAAGAUGCCUUCGGUCGAGUCACUCUGCGCACCAAACGCUUGCAGGAGCUGAUGGCCGAGUUCCUCCCGGCCUCGACCGAACGUCUACGAAUUGACGCUCAGGUGCUGCACCUCGCCUUCCGCCUCGUCUCCUCCCUCGAGCCCGCUGGCCCGUCGCAUGCACCAUUCAUCGGCGACCUCAAAGUGCAAGCGGCGAUUUCGGAGCACGAGCUCGACCUCGCAAACCUCCCUGACGAGAUCGAUCUCCUGUGGGGGCUGCAGUGCCUCGGCGAGGACUGCCGGCUUUAUCCCACGCGGGCACACAAGCAGGGCAGCCACGUUCUCAGCAGCGCGUUUGCAGGCUUCAUGACUCGAUGUGAGUGCUACUGCACGCGUGCAUGACGCUGUUGACCCCAAGGCCGUCGACUUCGACUUGAAGACCGUCGUCAGCGACCUUGGCGGGCCACUCGUAGAUGUUCAGGGCUCAGGCCAGGCACCCAAACGGAUCUCGAGUUCGAGGCGGGGACGGCUCUUAACCAACGGCGAAGAGUCGGACUCGUCGAUCUUGGAGGCGGGGCUGACGUUCAUGCCGUCCGGACGAUUGCUUGAAUGGCUGCCGAGGUCCGAGCCGCUCUCCGGAUGGGUCCACGUGGAGUGGGGAGACGACACGAACUCUGUCCUCCCAGUCAGCCUCGAGGCCAACGGCACCUUCGGCGACGACGGCUUCACCGCCCAAAGCACCCUCGACCUCGGCCGCAGCGACGACGACGAUCUCGUGAGCCCGGCGAGCAUGACGCUCGACAUCGAGCCCUUCGGCGCUGCUGGCUUCGAGCCAGUGGCGGCCCGCCUCAGCGUCGAGUGGGACGAGGACCUCUUUCCGCUCUCUGCUCAGGGCGAGGUCGGCUACGGCGCGUCCUCGGUGGCGAUGGAAGGCUCGGCGUCAAUCUCGCCGCUCGCUGCCUCGCUCUCGCUCACGCCGACCGACGUCGACUGGAUGGACCCGCUCUCCGCCUCGGCCUCGCUCACCUUCGCCCCGAGCGGCUCCGACUCGGGCCUGCCACCGCCCCCGCCGCCCGUGCCGCCCGCGCCUCCGCCGUUGCAGACAUCGCUCAACAUCAAUAGAUACGCUCA